UCGCCUCACAACACUUCCCCACAACACCCACAGUCUGCUUCGCUAUCUUUCUGGCUGCGCUGCAGUUUGGAGUGCAUCCGCGGUGGGAUUUUAUUUUGGGGGCAGCUUUGAUGUUGGUAUAUUGCGUUCUGCCUCCAUGAUGUUAGGUGCGGUGAAGAUGGAAGGACACGAGGCUUCCGAGUGGAGUAGUUAUUACGGUGAACCCCAGGAGGCCUAUUCAGCGGCACCAGUCGGCAGCAUGAGCUCGGGACUGGGCGGCAUGAACGGUAUGAACACCUACAUGAGCAUGAACCCCAUGAGCUCCAGCGGCAACAUGACCCCGGGCUCCUUUAACAUGUCCUACGGAAACCCCGGGAUCGGCGCUGGGCUCAGCCCCACCAUGGCGGGCAUGGCUGCCAGCGGCCCCGGUGGCAUGAACGGCAUGGGAUCGGGGGUGCCUGCCAUGGGGACGGCUCUCAGCCCCAACAUGAGCGCCAUGAGCGCCCAGCAGGCAUCCAUGAACGCUUUGACGCCUUACUCGAGCAUGAACCCCGCCAUGAGCCCGAUGGCUUACACUCAAAGCAACCUGAACCGGCCCAGAGACACCAAGAACUUCAGACGCAGUUACCCGCACGCCAAGCCGCCUUACUCCUACAUCUCGCUCAUCACCAUGGCCAUCCAACAGGCCCCCAGCAAGAUGCUGACCCUGAGCGAGAUCUACCAGUGGAUCAUGGACCUUUUCCCUUAUUACCGGCAGAACCAGCAGCGUUGGCAGAACUCCAUCAGACACUCGCUCUCCUUCAACGACUGCUUCAUCAAAGUUGCCCGCUCCCCCGACAAACCGGGCAAAGGAUCCUACUGGACGCUGCACCCGGACUCGGGCAACAUGUUCGAGAACGGCUGCUACCUGCGCCGCCAGAAGCGCUUCAAGUGCGACAAGAAAUGUUCGCCCAAAGCCGAGGGAGGCAGGAAAGACACCGGCUCUUCCCCCGCUGGCAACAGCAACAGCAACGGCGCGGGUAACAGUAACAACAACAGCAGCAGCAAUAAUAAUAAUAAUAAUACUAAUAACGGAGGCAGAGCCCAGGGCGAGAGCGAUUCCAACCCUGACUCCAGCCCGGACAGAGCGCCUCACACCGACAUCAAGACCCAGGCUCCCUCUGUGAGCUCGGCCUCUGUGCUGGGGGUCCCUCUGACUCCUCACCCACACCCUCACCCUCACUCCCACCCACACCCUCACCCUCACCCUCACUCCCACCCUCACUCCCACCCGCACCUUCACCCAGGGCUGUCCAUGGGUGCCGGCGACUCGCAGCAGGUCCAUCACCACCUGAAGGGAGACCCGCACUACUCUUUCAACCACCCCUUUUCGAUCAACAACCUCAUGUCAUCGGAGCAGCAGCAUCACAAGAUGGACUUGAAGGCUUACGAGCAGGCGAUGCACUACUCCAGCUACGGGGGAGGCAUGGCAGGCAGUCUGCCUCUCAGCUCCAUGGGCAAGAGUGGCAUCGACCCCCCGGCCCUGGUCAGCGAAGCUUCCUAUUACCAAGGUGUGUAUUCCAGACCUCUGCUCAACACAUCCUAGUCUUGCACCCAUCAACCAACACACACACACACACACACACAUACCACACACCAACUAAAUUCAUUGCAGGUAAACUUUUGCUCAGUUGUCUGUCCAACACCCCCCACCACCCACCCACCCACUCACACACCCAACCACGCACACACACACACACACAACCCCUUCACUGUGCACACCUCCGGCGGUGCACAAAAAAAGACUGUUACUUUCUAACAUUUUAUGUAUAAAGAAAACAAAAAAUAAUUGUGGGAGUGUAAAGUUAUCUGCAAAAGUUUGGCGAUCAAUCACGAUUGUAUAUUCCGCGGGAAAUAUAUAUAGAUAUAUAUAUAUAUCGCAAACGUUUUGCAGGCCGUAUUUAAAAAAAAUUGGGGGGGGGAAGCGUGUUGUCAAAUUUUUAGGAAUAAGUUGUGCUAUACUGUAUUUCUCCGUCGUGUCCAAUCGACAUUUCCAACGGCUGUUUACAAGUUGUGGCAAUACAAAAAUAAACUGUACAGACUAGUACAUAUGAGGAGAGGGAGUAAAAGCGGGGUGCGUAAUGGGGACUUUUUAAUGUUAAUUUUAUGAAACUUCUAUUUAAAAAAAAACUCUCUGUAUUGGACGCUGUGCCGUUUCGGUGAGUGAAGCAGGAAAGAAUAUAUCUGGACAUUUUUUGCAUGCUUAUUUCUUCAACAGCACAGUUGCAAUUUUUAAAAAAAAACAAAAGUGGGUUUAUUGUCAAAAUGAACCAUGUGUUUGUUACCUGCAUCAGGAAACUCGAGAAGCUACUCUUUUGUGGUUCCACAACGCCUUUUUAGCUCUAUUUCCAUUCAGUGUUAAUGCACUUUUCACAUGUUUUUAGCUUAUCUAGAGAUGUUGGUUGGUGUUAGCAUAGCCAGACGGGUUCUCGUGGCUUUCUCAAUGUGCCUAAUUUAUUGCAUGGUUUAGGUCCCUUUUUUAGUUUUUAAGUUGUUUUAAAAAAACAUAAUAAUGCAAAUUAAUGGAAUUUUAAGAAGUUGUUAAUUUUUGUAAUUGUAAUUCUAUGAAAUGAAUAAAAUUAUUUUGAUUUGAUGAGAA